AUGCGAACAAACCUCCAUCGCACCCUCGCCCUCGCCCUCGCCCUCGCGGGCGCCGCGCUCGGCCACGACUCCCAAAAGCCCGUGGUGGACAAGAAUGCCACCUGGAUGGAGAAACACAUGGCGGAGGAGCAUCACAUUAGCAGUUGGGAUGCCAACUCCUUCUUCUCUCUCCACGACUACAACGCCGACGGCGUCUGGCAGCAGGACGAGCUCCGGCGUACCUACGGACUCAUGGACCCCACCAACAAGGACGUCUCCUUGGAGCGAAGAGAUCAGAUCGUGAAGGAGCUCAUGGAGCUGCUCGAUACAAACCACGACGGCUCCGUCUCGCGCGCCGAGUGGGAUGAGUUCAUCGCUCAGGGCAAGACGCUGCCCGACAUGGGUACCGGGCCCGGCCACCACGGUGACGACGAGUUCGAGUAUGAGCUGCAUCACUGGGAAAAGUACCACGACGACGACACCAAGCUCGAGGACUUGACCCACCCCGAGGAUAUCGCGCACUUUAAACAUCACGAGGAGCUCGAGCGGGCAGAACAGGCGCAGGACGCCAUGGACCUCAAGACCAUCAUCGAGAAUAACAUCCCCGCCAAGUUCCAGCGCCAAGGUUGA